GCGCGCGAGGCCAAGUGGGAUCGCGCGCUCCCGUCAGAGACGGGGUCGCGCGCUGCGCUGUGCUGCGUGCAGAUGUGUCGCAGCUUCUUUUCCAACGGAAAACGUCCAGCCCAUGCAAGUUGGUGGCGUUUCAAUGGGCCUCAAAGUGUUGCCUCUCUAACCCGGCGGCCACGGGUGAAGCGGGGCUUCCCCCCCGGCAGCUCUCGUUAGCUUAGAUCGGGGCGGAAAAGACGCCACUUUUUUUUCCGGCAGGUCCGAGGUGCGCACUUGAUGGAGCUGUCAGCGAUCGGCGAGCAAGUGUUCGCCGUGGAAUCCAUCAUGAAGAAAAGAGUUCGGAAGGGGAACGUGGAGUACCUGUUGAAAUGGAAAGGAUGGCCUCCCAAGUACAGCACAUGGGAACCCGAGGAACACAUUCUGGACCAGCGUUUAGUCCAAGCCUAUGAAGAGAAAGAGCAGAGAGACAAAACUCUGGGUCACAGGAGAAAAAGAUCCAAAGCCAAAAAACGGCUCCUGUUGCAGAACACAGUGUACACGAUGGACCUUCGCAGCGCUCACAAGGCCGCGGACAUGCCCAAACCCCGCCUACGUCUCUCCCUGACCCGCUCACUACUCCCGGAGGAGGACGAGGAAGAAGAGGAAGAAGAAGAGGAAGAUGAGGAGGAGGAAGAGGAAGAGGAGGAAGAGGACCCAUCAUACACUGCUUGGAGGAGAGCGCCCCGUUACAACAAGAGGAGGCCACGGAGCAGGUGCCUUAACUUCAGGCCGGCGAGUCCUGCACAUGAGGACUGGAAAAGCCUGGGAGAGGAAGAGGAGGUGGAAGAGGAUCUUGUUGGAGAUGAAGAGGAGGAGAAUGAGGAUACCGGAGAAAAGACCGCAGGUCAAAGACGCUCCGCAGCGUGGAGCCCAGUUCCCAGUGGAGACCAUCUGACAGAGGCCGAGAUGCCCGAAACGGCCUGGAGGCCCGUCGUCGGCCCGGCAGAGGUGACGGUCACCGACGUCACCAUCAACGCGCUCACCGUGACGUUCCGAGAAGCGCGCGUGGCUCGGGGCUUCUUCCGAGUGUGGGGCGGUGGAGGUCUGAGCGGGGCGCCGAGGUUUUCCAAAUUGAUCGUCAACGCUUCCUCUUAGCCUGGACGGGAGCUGAAAUGCCGCAUGGCUCAGACUGACCUUUUGCACUCGGCGGAAAGAAGUUUGGACACGUGCUUCUGUAUGUCGUCGGCGGGAGAAAGAAAAUGAGCCAUUAACAAGCAGUCCUAGAUGACAGUGUUAGUAUCGUUGUCCCAUCUUUGCACUUUUUAACGACCCGAGCUAUUAGCGAGUCCCUGCAAAAACCUCGGUCGCCAUCGGUACUGUACGCGAAAGUAUUCAAAGCCUGUUUUUAGUUUUACUGUAUACUGCUAAAUGGCGCCUCCCAGUGGUCAAAUCUUCAAUUUUAAACACGAGGCGGACCCAUUACGGAGGUUAAGUUCGCAAAUGGGACCUUUUAAAUCUGGAUGGAGAUGAGAACGUAAAAGAGCCAAAUGUCUGGAAUGUUGCACUAAAAUGAACAAAAGAAAAAAAAGUAUUAUUCCUAAGGAUUGCACUAACGGACUCACCCGAUGCAUUUAAGAUCGAGCGUCUGCUUCAACGUUUUUAAGUCCACAUUCCGAGUCAGUAAAAAUGUUUAGGGCUCGAUCUAGUGCGUGGGGAGUCCUUGAGUAGGAGUAUCUUUUGCGAUCGGCACAGUUUGCACUGAAAAAAAAUGGAAUCGAGUCAAAAGGACCUGGAGAGUUUAUAUUGAAGUGUCCUGUGCGCUUAUAGACAUGGAACUGCUGUUUUGUACAUGAGAGUGCUGUAAAGUAGCGAGCUGUCUUGUACUCUCCGCUUAACUUUUGUUAAAAUGUAGACCAUGGUACACAUGCACUUCCUGUAACAAAGAUGCCAUUUUGUCCACUGUAGUAACCGCUGUCCCUGAAUGGAUUAAAUAUGGAUAAAAUGA